AUGAUUCGACGACCGACUGGCUUUGGUGCAUAUACCAUUGGAUCUCUACCCGUAUUUCUUGACUCCGAUCCUACAGGUCCUCUUCCACGAGGUACCCCGGUUGACCAGAGUCAUCUGGAGGUCUUGAAGAACGGCUCCAGAGAUGGCCUCAAGCAUGCGCAACCUGCCUUCUUGAAUUUCUCUGUCACCCCGGUAGAAUGCUCCAUCAUGUGCCCUAGGCAGCUUGCCAACAAGUAUUUCGCACCCAUGAUCGAUAACUUCGUUCAAAAUCAUGCCUCUACCCAGAGCCGCCUGUCCAUCAGUCAGGACGAUUUCAUAGCCAUGCAGGUGUACGGCGAGGGUCUGGAAGCCGGCCAACGCGUGCUUGAGUUGACGAGUCCUCUAGCGAUGGCAGGAAUUUCUAUCUUCUUUAUCUCCACUUACUUUUCCGACUACAUCAUUGUGCCUCUGCGCAGUAAAGCACAGGUCAUUGAAGCGUUGGAGAAGCGAGGGUUUCAGUUCGAGAUCACCACCGAGGCUUUCAUAAAUCACAAUCAAAGUCAGUACAACAGCUAUAGCAGUCCGGUUUCAUCUCGUUCCGCGAGUAGUCUUGGUUCUCCGCCGGCAACUCCUCCUCCCUCGUCACUCGACGAACUGCAGGGACGAACCUUUGCCUCCCUGCGGAAGAACCAAAUUGUGCCGUCCGUCGAUCGAUCUCUUCGCUUGGUGCAAUGUGCGGCCCAUCACCCAUACAGCAGUGAUGCUAGCUCAAUAUCAAUCCUCCGCACGGCACUGACGACUGCACUGGUUGUGGACAGACCACGCUUCCUCUCACUCACUCUGACAGCUGCCGACCCUGCAGCCUCUCUCUUGUUGGAGCAGCGGCUCCUGCCUCGAUUCUUGAAUGAUGGUACCUCGUCUGCCGAACCUGCUGAUGAGACAAGCCUGCUUCUGGGGUCCAAGGAAGACAUCCUUGUCCCUAUCACGUUGGAUCUACGCAAACUCCCUCUCGAGGCCACCGGUAUUGUUUGCGGCGUUGCCAGUCGAUUGGCUGACGCUACACAUGCCGCCUGGGAUGAAAGCACCGAAGCAUCGACCAUUGCUUUGCCGCACUCUUUUAACGGUGCCUCCUCCUUUGAAAGCUCUCUCAAUCGCUACUUCUCGUCCAGUGUGGACUCUGGGGGACCAGUCAGGCCCCCUGCUCAGAAUCCUGCGCACCGAACACCCAAUGGCGAUCCGUUAACACUCUCAACUCAUCAUCUGCAGCCAGACCUCGACACGUCUCUGGAGGCCGUCGAGAUCAGCUUCCUUAGCACUGCACGUGCAGGGACAAUCCUUGUCGGUGAACACGAACUGCGUCGAGCUAUGGAUGCGCUCGAGGCCGAAAGCCAUGAACCGGACCUGCCGGCUGGUGUGCUCGAAGUGUGAACCGUGCUUUAGUUCGAAAUCCACGUCGCCAUCUUCAGUCAUUCUUGUGGUCUAUGGCCUUCGAAGAACAUAAUUGCUCGGCGAAACCUAAAAAAAAAAACUUACGACAGCUGCACGACUAAAAAAGGGAUAUCCUCAACGCGUUGACUUUUGGUCUGAUCAACUGCAAAACAGCAAAUCGGCGUUUCGGGACUGUUAGCUCAAAAAGAACUCUGGUGUUCAUCAAAGUUUGUUAAAAUCAUGUUACCCUUGUCAGAUGGGGGUCACAGUGCAUCUUGGUUUGGAUCUUGUUUUGGCACGAGAAUGCCUGAUUACUGUAUAACAUCAAACUCACCUGCAAAAAAAAACUCUACUCAGAAAAUACCCACGGUGGAAUUGAUGACAUUGUAUGGAGGAUGUGCAGAUGGACGAAGGCUAUUUUCUUUCUUUCCCUGUCCGACUAAGGUACAGGCCCUACUAAUGCAUAAUGCAAAGUGAAAUG